AUGUCAAAGGAAAUUGAAAUAAUUGAGGAAAUUACUAUUGCUAAUUGUCCGCAGUUGAGAAAUCUGGACUGUUCAGGCAAUCAGGCCGAGGAACUAGCUAAGUUUGAUGGCUCAAAGCUUGAAUACAAUGUUGUUUCCUACAUCGGCUCAUUGGAUGAUGAACUAUACCAACAAUUAAAAUCUGGCUUGCCAGGUAGUAAGCAUGAAGACUUACAACGACUUUGUUUUGGUUGUUUAGCCAAUGGCGGACAUAGCAAUAAUUCUUCUUAUCAUUAUCAUGCUAAAUUGAACUUAACCAAAGGAGGAACAAUUGAAUAUGGAGUUUCUGCCACGGGUAAUAAGCGAGAAACCUGUGAAGUUCCGAUUGGAGGAGGUUUGCUGAUACUUGACAUUAAUUCGGUUGAUGGCGGAACUAUUAGAAUAAAGAGGAAAGAGGUUGAAAAUAUCAAAAAAACAUUUGUAGAAAUUCCAGCAGAAAAUCAGUAUAGUUUAAAUGAAAAAGAAAAUCAAGACGAAGAAAUAACAGAGUUAAAAACUCGAAUUCAGUCUUUGGAAAAACAAGUGGGAGAAGUUGGAAGAAAUCUAAGUCAAACUGAGUUGGAAGAAGGAAAAGCUGAUUUAGAAGCAAAAUUGCUUGUAAUUAAAAAACAGUUGGAAGAAAGUGAGAAGAAACGGCAGGAAUUACGAAGUGAAGCCAAUGAUUUUCAAAAUAAAUUAAGCGAAUUGCAAAAAGAAAAAGAUAGCGAGUUAGAAAAAGGCAAAAAACACCAAAAAAUAAUAAUGUCUAAAUUCUCUACUAAAACCUUAAAUAACUCCGAAGAAACUA